UACCACCGUCGUAUCGGAUUUUGUCUUCGUCGCGACGCCGUCGUUCACGUUCGAAUCCUCCUAGCCAGCUCUCUCCCUAAACGGUAGGCGGCAUACCGAAGUGGGCUGUGGUCCGAUGUGGGCUGCUCUGAGGUCUCGAGCUCUUUCUCUCUCAUCCACUCGGCAAUGGAAGCUAGGGCCCUGUGUUCCUCCCUCGUGGAUAACAACGACGACGCCGUCGUACAGAGGGCUGCUGAAAUUGGACGAGGUCCGGAAGAUUCUCACCGACGUCAAGGCGGACAAAAUCAGCGUCGUUCCCGUCGGGAACCAGUGCGAGUGGACCGAUUUCAUGGUGUUCGUCACCGGCCGGUCGGUGUGGCACGUUCGGAACAUCGCUCAAGCCCUAAUUUACAAGGUUAAGCAAAAGCAAAGAGGGGCUGAGAGGAUGUUACUUCCCAGUAUAGAAGGAGAAAAGGAGGAGAAGUGGAUCGUUAUCGACUCCGGCACAAUUAUUGUUCAUGCUUUUGAUGAGAAAGCUAGAGCUUAUUACAAUCUGGAGAGGCAUUGGACGGAUGAGAUGUAGACUAAAGAACAAACUCAGGAUUUGGAUAAGGCUCUGAUAAAGGUGCGACGCAAGAAUAAUUCUAAGAGACCAGCGCAGAGAAGUGCUUAGCAGUUAGCACUCCAUUACCCUUUUCAUUCUUUUAGGAUGUAGCUCUCUUAUUCUCCGAAUCUGUGUAUAGCUGGCAACUAUCCUUUCUAAACCUUCGGACACACUCUGAGGGAGGGCACCAGGGUGGUAGACAGGCUCGCCAAAUUGGGUGCAGAACAAGAUUGUCAUAUUGCGACUCUCCUUAACCUGUCUGAGUCAAAUCCGUGUUGAGGAAUAUUAUGGAACUCCUUAUUGCUUGGAACGGGGCUAGAGUGGGCAAAAGAAGUAAGCGUGUUUGGGCCAUGAUCCUUCUUUGUGUGAUGUGGACUAUAUGGCGUGAAAGAAAUUCGAGAUGCUUUGAAGGGGUUGAAAUGCCUCUAUUUAGAAUCAAAAGUUUUGUGCUUAGCAGUUUGUAUAGUUGGGACAAGGGAGAAUGUAACCCCUCUAUUGAUCAAUUUUUAUAUUGGUUUGAGCUUUUUUGUU